AUGGCGGGACACAGUACCCUUAACGUCUAUAAAGGCCAGGACUCCAUGAAGAAGUUCUUCGACCCAGAGUAUCAGCCACCACUCCCACUCGUUGAGCUACCUAAUAACCUCAAUCCUUUCCAAAAUGAUGGUGUGCGCAUAUAUGCAAAGCUUAUGACAGCCCUUCCGUGCCAAAACGUGAAAGCUCUUCCGGCGUUGAACAUGCUGGAGAAGGCUGGGCCACUGACCAAGACAAUUGUUGAGCCAAGUUCAGGCUCUACAGUUACUUCUUUGGCCCUCAUUUCUAGGGUUCUUGGUAGCAGCUCAGAUGUAUAUGCGUAUGUGAGCAACAAGACAGAUGAAUCUCGCUUGCGGACACUGCAGUUCUUCGGUUUGAAGGUCGUGCUUUACGGCGGGCCUGCUCAACCCGAGAUAUCCGAUCCACGGGGUCAAGUCCAAAAGUUAAGGCAAAUGGCUGAGGAUAACGAAGAAAUUUUCAAUCCCGGGCAAUAUGAAAAUAUCAAUAACCCUGAUGCACACGUGAGAUGGACAGGUCCACAGCUAUUGAAACAGCUUCCAGAGAUCAAUAUUUUCUGUACUGGUAUGGGUAGUGCAGGCUGUGUUACUGGAGUUGGAACAUUUCUUAAACAGGAAAAACCAUCUGUCACUGUUGUAGGUGUCUGCAACAAAGCCUCGGAUGCAAUUCCUGGCCCGCGACCGUAUCAUCUCCUCGACAAUAUAGCAUUCGGAUGGAAGGAUGUAACAGAUUCAAUCAUGGAGAUAGAAUCGAUCCAGGCAUACCGUUUAUCUAUGGUCCUGUCCCGAGAAGGGCUUAUUUGUGGCCCAUCGUCCGGAAUGGCCCUCAAGGGUCUACUUGAAUUCAUACAGAAACAAAAGGAUAGCGGACGACUGAAUCAUUAUCGGGAGUCAGAGACAGGGGAGGUUGCGUGUGUGUUUUUAUGCUGCGACCUACCCUACCAAUAUAUGGACACCUACUUCAAGAAGCUUGGUGCAGACGACUUUCACGCCAUCACGAACGCGAGCCUAAGGGACACAGACCAAGGCCAGUACGAUCCUCGAUGGGAGCUAACCCCGACUGAGGCUGCUAGGCUUGACAGAGGGACGAUGUUCAAGCUUUGCACUAUGCCGGUGGCAUCCCAUGCUUUGCAAAAUUCCCACGGAUGCGGAAGCUUGUCUACCUCCUUCAAGAUCCUGGAUCUGAGACGCAGCGAGGAUUUCUCACGCUCACAUAUCUCCGGCUCGCUGAGUAAGGCCAUUUCAUCAUUGGAACCAGACACAGAAAGCCCUUUCGACAGUGUACCAGUCCUGGAAGCGCAAUUUAAGAGCCUGGUGAAAUUGACAUCUGAACUAAGGUCUAAUGGCCACUUCUGUAAGCAUGAUACUGUCCUGGUACUGUGUUAUGAUGGAGAAACGUCCCGUCUUUCCUGUAGCAUCUUGCGCCAGGAGGGUAUCAAAGCAUUCAGCGUCAGAGGUGGUUUUCAGACUCUAGCUAAUCAGUUAUUUGUAUCGGCGUGA